AUGGCUCUCCAAGCCCAAUGGAGCCUCGAUGCCACCACGACAUCCGUCGCGUCGUUCUCUCAAGACUUGGUGCGGGCCAUGACCACCGACAAUGUACAGCCCCUGGCCCUACUCGCCUGCGAGCGUUUCGGCGCUACUCUCGCCAUUUCGCCCGAUACUUGCCGCAGGAUUGAGCGUUCCGUCCUGCCACCCUGCGAGACCCGAGCGGUCAAGUUCCUCAAAUCUGUCGCGGUUCUUGGCACUCGCGGCGGCCCUAGAAACGAGCAUGGACUCCUUCAACGCCGCAACGGCUAUAUAUUCGAUGAUGAGGGCUACUGCCACCGACUCAUCAUCAAUCCCGCCACUAGGUCAAGUACAUAA